AUGAAAGUCGACAAGCAACUGAUUUCAUCCAUUGGCCGUGGGGUGCUGGUGUUUGCCGCCGUCGGGCCAGAUGAUACCCAGAAAGAUGCAGACACCCUUGCGGCCAAGCUGUUGAAGCUGAAAAUGUGGCCCGAUGAUACUGGUGCAAAUUGGAAGCAGAGUGUGCAAGACAUCCAAGGGGAGGUCCUGUGCGUGUCACAGUUCACACUGCUUGCUAGGCUGAAAAAGGGCAAUAAGCCGGACUUACACGGUGCUGCGGACCCAAAGACCGCGCGGGAACUGUAUCAGUACUUCUACUCCAAGGUGCAGGACUUGUAUGCUAAGGAUCGGGUCAAGGAUGGGGUCUUCCAAGCUAUGAUGGAAGUAGGGUUGGUCAACGAUGGGCCGGUCACUCUGGAGAUCGACACGAAGCCAGCGAAGAAGGAGGAGAGUGGAAGUACCAGUGCCAACAACUAG